UGGUCCCCCCUCGCGAGUUGAAGCAGCUGGGGAGGCGGCGCGGCGCGGCCAAAGAGGAGGAGGCGACCCUGGGCGGGCCCCUCCUUUAUCCACCACCGCCACUGCCGCCGACCUGACUGGGUUGCCAUCACUGCAGCGGGGGUCUGCCAUCGCCGUCGCUUCUUCAUCCUCCGUUCUUCGCUCUUUCUGGAGCUCUCAGCUCGCGUCGCCGUCCAGCUGCCCCGGCAGAUGCAGGCGGGAGAGCGCACGAUGCGGGCGGUCCUUGCCCUGCUUGCUCUGGUCGGUAGCCUGCUCCUCUUCCUGUGCUUGGCGCGGCUCCCGGCCGACGGCGCCGGGGGCGCAAGUGGCUGGGACAUGGAGGGCAGAGCUGCGACGGACUACACCCCCAGAGUGAUGAGGUACCUUCGGUCCCCCGCGAAUGUCCAUCUGGUCGCUCCUGCGGCCCUCAACAGACCAAUUCUUAAUACAGCCAGAGUGCAGAAAUCUGAGCAAGCCGCAAAAUGCAAGGAUAUAUGGAGUAACAAUUGGUCAUCAUCGAUCAAGAAGAAAAGAUAUUCUGAAGAUUAUUAUUUGCAAAUAGUUGGUAAACUACAGAACUGUACCUGGAAUAGAAGGCCACAAGAAUAUGCCAAAUUCAGGGCAGAGCUUGCUUCAUGCUGCGAUGCUAUGCAUAAUUUUAUUGCUUCUCAAAAAAAUACCCCAUUGGGAAGCAACAUGACUUAUGAAGUGGACAAUAAAAAAACCAUCCACAUUACAGAGGACAUAUUCCAGAUGUUACCAGAGUCUCAACCCCUGGAUUUUCCUUUCAAGCAGUGUGCAGUUGUUGGAAAUGGAGGAAAUCUUAAGAGUUCCAAUUGUGGAGCUGAAAUUGAUAAAUCUGACUUUGUGUUUCGGUGCAAUCUUCCCCCAACCAGCGGAAGUGUCAGUCAAGAUGUUGGCAAUAAGACAAACCUUGUAACUGUUAACCCAAGUAUUAUAGCUCAGAAAUAUAACAAACUGAAUGACCAGAAGGCCACCUUCCUGGAAAACAUUUCAAGUUAUGGAGAAGCUUUCCUCCUACUACCCGCUUUUUCCUUUAGAAGCAACACAGCAGCAUCUUUCAAAGUGCAUCACACCCUGAAAGAGUUCAGUGCGAAGCAGAAGGCUAUAUUUUUCUACCCGAGGUAUCUCAAAAGUCUUGCCCAGUUCUGGAGAACUAAGGGUGUCAAAGCCUACCGACUGUCUUCCGGCUUCAUGAUCACCAGCGCAGCAAUGGAACUCUGUGAGAAUGUGAAGCUGUAUGGUUUUUGGCCUUUCUCCAAAAGCAUAGCAGGUAUUCCCAUAAAUCAUCACUACUAUGACAACCAACUUCCAAAGCCAGGUUUCCAUGCCAUGCCCAAAGAGUAUAACCAGAUACUCCAGCUCCAUGGAAGAGGUAUCCUGAAGUUGCAAUUUGGCAAAUGUUUGACAGAGUAGCCCAAGGUAUGUUUUUGCUUCAGAAUGGAGGAAACCUCUGUGAAGGCCAUGCAUUCCUAUUUUGAUAGCCGGGAAGACAGUAUAUGAUAGGUGAUGCCAGAAAUGUUGGAUGCUGGAACUCAAACUGGGUUGUAAAACCUCUUUUCUCUCUGUCUUUCUGAAACUCUUUUUCUUUCUUUCUUUGUGACAGUCAAUCUGUUUAUAGCAUUCCAUUCCCUGAUUCACUCUAUUUUACCCGCUUGACAUUUCCCAAAAUUAUUGUCUAUAAAGGGCUUUUGAAAUGAAGACACCUGCACAGAGUUACGGUGAGAACCAGAGGGUGCAUUAGGAUCAUAGGUUUGUCAUUUUUACUUUCAAUAAAAGAGAAUAUUUAUAGCUCAGGGUUGAACUGUGGAGUCCUUGGUGCUCUCUGAGUCUGGUUGUUUUCUUGCAGAUGUUUCAUUAGCCAACUAAAUAAAAUCAUUGGUGACUCACAUUGAUUAUAUUAGCUAGGCAGGUAAUGAAAUGUUUGCACGCAAAUAACCAGACUUGCAGAGCACUAAGAGCUCCACAUCUUUGUUUUUUUGAGUAUCUAGUAAUUAAUUAAACAGCAAUGGCUUCAUGUUUUAUAGCUGGGGAGGACAAUCUGUAACCCAUAAUCACAUGCUAUCCUCAAAACCAAUCUUCUAUGAUUGAAGUCGAUUGCUUAGUUUGUUGUUAGUUGGAGAUAAGAGAUGCAUAAAACUUGUAAAAGAAACCCUAAAAUAUUUUUAAAAAUAGUAGAUCUUAAUCCUGCCCAGGGUUAAAUAGGGCCACUACAUGAUCAUUGAACGCCCAUAUACUUGAAGCUGCUCCAGAAAUGUUAUUUGACUCCACCACUUUAGAGUGCCUCUGACAACAGUGUUAUUACUUGUGAAUUUUCCUGGGUAUCCUUAACUAAAAUUAUAAUUUUAAUUUUGCUGUGUGCCAUGUGGACAUGAUACUUCCUUGUAGAGGGAACCUUGGAGAUAAAUAAAUGAAGUCUCGCUAGAUCAGAAUCAUUCUAUUAAAUGUGGUCCUUGUUCCCUACAAAGAUCAGCAAGCACGUAAAUUAAAGUUUAUUUCAUAAUAUAUCUAAAAACGUGCAUGAUGUAUGCAAAGAUCUUUGAAAAACAAGAACUUGCAGACUUAACAUAUGAACUUCCAGCCAUGGAUUUGAUACUAGGGGAGAUAUUGGCUUAGAAUGAACAAUGUUUAAAUUUUUUAAAUCAUUAACCUUUAGGUUAAAAGAGAAGCUAUGUAGCUUUUUAUUGAGUUUUCCAAGGAAAGUAUUGUUUUGAUGAUAUUCUCAUGGAGGAGGUCUGAACUUUUUGUAUUUAUUUGAUAUGUAAGGAAUUUCAAGGUACUCUUAUCUUUCACUGGACAAUUAUUUCUCCAUCAAUAUUCAGCCUUUUUCUCUUUAUUGAAUCCCAGAGUAAAACGUCAUGACACAGAGUCCCACUGCAAUCUGUUGUUGGAUUUGAUCAAGUCUCAAAUGAUUAAUUUUUGCAAGCAUAACUACAAACCAUUUUGUACUUAAGUAUGGCAUUAUAAAAGUAAAUGUGUGCCAUUGUAAAUGGUUGUAAUCUACUUUUUUACAUAGAUUACAUUUUCAAAGCUCAGAAUGUUCACUAAGAAGACACAAUCUCAGGAUGAAAGUGGUAUUUAUGUAGCUAUUGCAUGCUUAGUUGAUAUUGUUAUAAACAUAUUUAUUGUUUUCUUACUGCAAUCUAAAAUAGUAGAGCACUGUCUGUCUAGCAUCUGGAAAUAUUACUGAACCUUUUCUAGUGUGCAAAGAGUUAUACACGGACUAUUUUCAAAUGUAAGCCUUUCUCUGCAUUUUGCCACUGCUUUCUUGUUUUUGUUACUUGUGGAACAUCAAUGUAGCAUCCAGUUUAUUUCUGUUAAGUAUUGAAUUGCCAAAAAGUGCAACCCUCUGCAAUCUUUUCACACCUGUGGGCAGGUAACGUGUACUGAAUCUUCUGCAUAUUUGUCUUGUCCAUCUCUUCUACAGAUUCUUCUUUUAUACUCAUUAAAAUAAUAAUGAUUAAGAGCAGGCAAGCAAUUUUUAAAAAUAUUCCAACAUGCCUUAUACAAUCAAAUACUCCAAGAAUUAACACUCCUUGUCUCAUUCUCCAGUUAUAAUAUCAAAAAUUACAUAUUCCUGUAUUUUGUAACAAAGAUAAAAUUAUACUUUUAAGUGUGAGGCUAAAGAAUGGAAUUCAUGAGAUCAGAGUAGUGUGAAAAAAGAAAAAAAUCGCUUGGCAGUAUAUACUGACAAUGUGCUUUGCACACCCAUUUUCCAAUCUCAUAAUACUUUUCUGGUAUGGGCAGAAUAUAUUUCUAAUUGAUGUAUGUUUUACAGAUAAUCAUCUGGACUCUGAUAUUUAAUUCUUAAUGUGUGUUUCAUUAAAAUACUAUUAGAAUUAAAUUAUUAACAAGUCUUGAUUAAAUUUUCUUUUCUUAACAACAUGGAACAAGGGAGAACAAGUUAUAUCAUGCAUUCCAAUAAAAAAUGGGAUAUGCCUCUUGGGCAACAUUUUCAGACCCAUUGAUGGCAUUCAUUAACCAAAUGAGGCACUUGUCUAUAAAAAUUGGAAAAAUAAAUAACUUUUUGGAUUUGACUUUCUCCAGAAAUGAAAGACAGAGCAAAUAUUCUACUGAGCAUUAGACACUGAAAUUUUCCUUAAUUUUGACCACUUAGUGAACAAAGCUGAUGGUAUCCGAUCUAGGUCAAUCUAUUUAUGAAAAGCAUAUCUAGUUUUGGUAAAUCUCUCUCAUAUAGAUUUUUCAUAGCAAAAAAGCAGAAACUACAUAUGUUCUCAAUCUUGCACAAAGAUACCACUAGGAGAAUACAGAAUAAUAGAGUUGGAAGAGACCUUGGAGGUCUUCUUGUCCAAGCCGAAGCCCAAGCAGAAGAGCCCAUAUUGUUCCAGACAAAUGGUUGUCUAAUUUAUUAAAAACCUCCCAGUAGUGGAACCCCCACAACAUCUGAAGGCAAAUUGUUUACACUGUGAGAAAAAAUUUCCUUGGUUCGAGGUUGGAUCUCUCUUUGAUAAGUUUCCAUGUGUUAUUUCUUGUCUUG